CGCACCAAUAUUUUCCGCACUUUAAGUUCCUCCAAGUAUUUGAUAUUUCUUCAACAAAAGAAACUUUUUCCAGACAAAAAUGUUGCCUAGGAUUCUAGCUCUUGCAUUUUUUGUAGGAGUCGCUGUGGGAUCUCCAAUAGCUAACCAAUAUGUCGACAGCGUCUUACACACGGCUCUGCCUAGGGAGCUUAAUUAUGCCAGACUGAAUCCAGUCCUAAUACCAGGGUUUGAGACCAGGUUUGAAGAUAAAAUACCAAUCAUUGGAAAAGUAAAAGGCGAAGCUAGCUAUUCUAGAGGCAAUCUCACUGGACUUGCCCAGGUUCGAAGAUAUUCUGAGUGCAAUGGCCCCUACUACAAAUUUGGAUCAAAGAUUAUUAACUGCACUCUUGGCUUUGAUCGCCUUGAUCUUACUUAUGAAGGCACAUUGAAGUACGGAAAACUGCCAAAGGUAGACAUCAAAGGAAGCUCUAAUCUCACCGGCACAGUCGUAUUCAUUGAAGUUGCGAAUGGACGCCUGAAUAAUUUCUUGAUUACCCGAAUUGCAGGACUUGAUGUCACAUUUACCGGAUUAGGACCACUUAACAAGUAUACAAAAUUUUUAAAGCCAGAUUAUAUAGCAAAUGCCCAAAGAGCUGUAAACUGGUACAUUACACAACCAUUCAAUAAUGCUUUGAACGCUGCAUUUUCAACUGUACCAAUGCCAAAUUAAACAACUGAUUGUGUUGCAAAAUACUUGAUUUUGGCACCAAGGUUAGUUGAAAAAAAUUCAGUACUCUAAACAGCAGUAUUUUCAAAAACUGUAAUAAUCUGUAAUGUGAGACAUGCAUUUGCCCAUAUCUGUACUUUGUAAGCAAAUUAAUAUUUUGCAUUCAUUAAAUGUAAAAGUAUAUUUUGAAGCUCUUAACACUAGUUGAAGAAAUCGAACUUUUAUAUAAAAUUAUUUCAGUGAAUGUUCAUACAUGAACAAUAAUCAAGCGAAAUAGAAAAAAAUCUUCACAAAAUAAUGAAAAUCAAUAUCAAUA